GAAUCGCUGGGUCUCAGAAUUAAGUGUAACACCGGAAAUGAUUGGAGAGUGACGCUGUAAACAAGGACCUAAGGCGCUUAGAAGCGUGUACGGCAGCUUAUUGUGUUUAUUCACAGUCAGAUAUUUAACUUCAAACUGAACAUGGAAGACGAUAUACUGACAACGCUGAAAAUAUUAAUAAUAGGAGAAAGCGGUGUUGGAAAGUCCAGCCUGCUCUUAAGAUUCACAGAUGACACUUUUGAUCCAGAUCAAGCAGCCACAAUAGGUGUUGACUUUAAAGUGAAGACCCUGACCGUGGAUGGUAACAAGGCAAAGCUGGCAAUAUGGGACACUGCAGGCCAGGAGCGGUUCCGGACCCUGACGCCAAGUUACUACCGUGGAGCCCAGGGAGUCAUUCUGGUGUAUGAUGUCACAAGACGUGAAACAUUUUCCAAACUUGACAACUGGCUUAAUGAGCUGGAGACGUACUGUACCAGGAACAACCUUGUGAAAAUGCUUGUGGGAAACAAAAUCGAUAAGGAAAACCAUGAGGUAGACAGGAACAAGGGGCUGAAGUUUGCAAGAAAACAUUCCAUGCUUUUUAUAGAGGCCAGUGCAAAGACAAGGGACGGGGUUCAGUGUGCAUUUGAAGAGCUAGUGGAGAAGAUCAUCCAGACUCCCGGUUUAUGGCAGAGCGAGAAUCACGGCCGAGGAGUCCAGCUCACUGAUGAAGAUGCUGGAGGAGGGAGCUGUGGCGGCUACUGUUCCCUGGUCUAGACUACACACAGACACGUACACGUGUGUAAACCACACACAUUGUCACACACUAAAACACAAGCAUACUCGCACACAUAUACACAUUUAAUUGCGUGGCCCCUCCCACUGUGUGCUGUCCUGAGUUGAGCUCCUUGACAUGAAGGCGGCGCCCGCUGAGCUGUGAAGGUUGACAGUCUUCGUUCAGUCUGUGUUCACACAGACGCACUUUUUGCACAGUUUUCAUAGAUGCGCUGCGCUAAACCAUAAAUGCAUCUUUGUCUCUCCAAAAGGCUUUUGAGUCAGUUUUCUCAUGUCUGUCUGUUUUCAGUGACAAUUUGGUGCAGCAGCAGGACAUUGGUUAAGAUGUUAUUCAUCAGCGUGUACUCUGAUUAUAAUUAUAACAAUGAACUCAGUUCCAUAGCGCAAAACAAAGUUUGUCAGGUGUGUGGCUGAUUUUCUGAAGAAUAGUACUGAGAAUGGAA